AUGUCAUGUGACCAAUCUUGGUUUAUUGUUGUGAGUGAACUUCCCUCACUCUCACUCCCCUCGUCUGUCUUCAACAUGAAUUCUUCGUUUUUAUCUUCAUCUACGCAGGUGUCUACGUCAGACGUUGGUGUCAUGGUUCCUUUGUCUAUGUUUUCCGUGUUCUCCAUCUCGUUCUGGUGUUGUGGCACAUUAUUGGCAGAUUGCUGGAGUUCCAGCUUGUUCAGUGUCUGAAGAAUGAAAAUGUUCAUGGGUGAAGGUAAACACUCUUACAGAACCUAUACAACAACCAUCCAAUCGGGAAUUUGAGCUAUGUCUGUGCUAAUGUGUUCACCUGAGUGAGGGUCGUCUCCGCACAUCGGUCCUUCAGCAUACACUGUUCGGAUUGGACAGCGAGAUGCCACACCUGCAGCUGCUCUUCCAAAAGCCUCCAACAAAGAACAAAUCAAAUGUUGAUGAAUGCCAUCUAAUUGGCUUUUUAACAUUGGAAGGUUUUUAUUUUCCACUUACCGUUUGUCUUUGUGCAGGUUCCUGACUUCAGUGAGCAGAGUGGAUACUUCCAACUUAGAAUGCAAAACAAAUGGCCAUCAGAUAUCCAUUUUAGAAAACAUCCGUGGCAUUAAUCAGAGCAACAAAAAUAUCAGUCACUCAAUGAUCAUGUUAAUCAUUUCUUGAAAUCCUACCACAUUUGCUUUUGAAUCAGCUAACCUGUUGGAAUGUAAAUUGUGACCAAUGUUCCAUUUAUCUUCGACCCAAUUUACAUGACAUAACAUCUGCCUUUCGACGGACACAUUGGUAGAGAAGUAGGCUAAAAUCAACAUUCAAGCCACAGCCUGUUUUCUCCAUUGCACUGCCGAUCAAAUGACAAAGAGCAGUUUGUUUACGAGUAACGACGCCUGACCUAUUGCCACUCGAAAUAGUUUGUGACGUCACGGUCAUUCUCUGUUGUGUAGCCAGACUUUCGGAUGGGAGGUCAUCAGAGGUCACCUGUUCUGGCAGUGUCUCCUCAGUCUGAAGGGACUUGGAUGAAAAGGAUUGAAGUUGUACUGUGGAAUCAUGGGAAACACAGACAACGGAAGAGGUGCUCCCACAUUCUUGGAGAGUGGCAGCAGAAUGGACAGGUGGCGCACUGGCCCUCCUUGAGUAGAUCGUCGUGGUAACAGGGAGUGACGAGCACGGUGCACGAUUGAAGAGAAAGUCUCUCGCCAUGUGGGCUGACAGGGAGAAGGUUUGUAGUAGGUUUGUUGCUUCAUUCAACCAACUUUGUGCCUCUUUCCAAAUUUUCUCUGGACACUUCAUGUCCCCUGUCACUUAACUCUUACCGGUGUGCAGAACUCCAUCACUGGAUGGUGACUCUUAUGUUUGCGUGUCUGUUGCUCCGACAAGAAGCAGCUCUGACAUAUGUGGACUUUCAGACACUUCACACAGCGAUGCCUGAAUCCACACACACUUUAUUUAUUAAUAAUAUGACAGCGGACGGGGUGAACGACCUUCUGACUUAUGAACAGGCGAUAGAGAACAGCCCCAAACACCCCUUCCUCCUGGAUGACCGCGGGAACCUGAACAUACGUUACAGGAGUCCGAUGACGAGAGCAUGAUGGGAAAUGUAGUUAGUUUGGAUUACCUGGUUGACAUCCUCCAAUAAAGAUCGAAGAGAUGACCUACUAAUGGAUCCAGAAGCACUUGCCGCUGUACACACCAGGGCUGAGACACAGUCACUCGUGUUACUGCUGCUCACCUGUCUGCUUCGGACCAAUGGACAGCCAGAACGACUGAUGACAUCAUACGGGUGGAAGAGGAGGAUUUGUGCUACGCUGUGGUGAACAUGAAGUUCUCGAUUAGCAUCUUUCUGCUGACCUGCUUCACUCUCAUGGGACUUGGCUCAGCAAUUCGCUGUUACAGUUGUAAAGACUACACGGCCAGUUGCUCCAAACAACGAGACUGCAGCUAUGACGACGCCUGCCUGACGCUCACAGAGAGAGGAGGUAUGACCUUCCGCCAGUGCCUGAAAUAUUCAGACUGCGAGUACAACCGACUGGGACAGAUGUUCCCACAGGUGUCCAGUUUUACAUUCAAGUGCUGCAACUCGGAUCUGUGCAACUCCGCCCAUUCUGCCACAGCGAGUUCUCUGAUUGGUGUGCUGGCAUCCGUAGCCGCCACAUGGUGGGUGAUCCGCUAAUGCCACCGAUUUGACGACUCAUCCCAGCUUACUGUCAAGCUAUCAAAGUCGAUGUGGAGCUAGCUGAUUAUUAGUUGGACAUGUGUCUUUUUUCAAUUUAUUUUUCUAUCAAUACUCACUGACGUUUGUAGAAUUUUAAUGUGUUUCCAAUUUAAUUAAUGUUGAACAAUGAAACAAAGACAAAUAGCACUUCAAGACUGGUCUCAUGAUGAUAAGGACAUAGAAAAGUAAAAUACUAGCAGUUGAUGAGUCAUGUACAUAAUUGCAAGGGACCGGUUGUAAUGGUAAAACCACAUAAAUAUGUACGAGGGUGUAAAUGUACACAAAAAUCACGUGAACAAAAUACAAAACAAACUGCUAAUCUCUUGUGUAAAUGGACAUAUUUGAUGACAUUUAAAAUGAAUCCGCAACAGUGCAAUAGUUAGUCUUUAUUUUGGGAAAUGACGCGGGCAACUACAGUAACAGUUUGACCAUUCUGAAUUCUUAUGCUGGCUUAUUAUGCUCUUUAAAUGCCUCUGGAAGUUGCGUUUGCACUGUGCUACUUAAAAAAAAAAACAUGUGGUUAGCCAUGACGUUGUCCGCUAGCCAGAAGCUGAGCUGCACUGUGUUUGUUUGUGGACUUGGUGUGUGGCAACUCCUCGUCCCUUACCUAACUGUUCAGUGUGGGAAUAAUCAUACAGUCAUGUUCCAUAACCGCCUAUGAAGUUGGUUAUGAAUUUAAGGCUUGAUUUGUGGCAAAAUGUGGCAAGCUUUUGCAGGCCUCGAGUUUGACACCUGUGCUUGAAUGUUUAUGUAAUCUUGUGAUUUACCUUGUAACUAAUAUUAACAAAAUAAAUGUGCACAAUGUCAAUAAUUUA